AUGGUGCAAUACUUGACUAUACAAAAGAGUUCGCUUACUCACCACAGCACCAUUCUUGCAUUUGACAGCAUGGAAAACCAAAUCCCUUCACUCGCCGUUCUCUCUGGCAAGAACAUGACGCUGCAGGAUCAAGUCCAUUUUCUUUACGACUUUCCGUUUGCGACCAUUCUAAAACAGCCGUUUUUUCAAUGCAUCUUGGACGAGAUAUUACAGUCGCUGACGCCGCACCAACUCAUGCAGUAUGCUGAGGACCAACCAGGCAAUCCACACAUGACAAAGAAAAUAGUCGACGAGUUAAUGAGUCCAUUCUCCCUCGAAGGAUUGGAGCUGAUAUCCAGAUCGUUUCAUGUGGACCAUCCAUUAGCCAGAGCGCUGGAUUUUGCGAUCCACAAACGUCGAAUGUCUGGUACGGUGGUUUUAUUAAAAGAUGGGUAGUCCAUACUUUUCCUCAAUUUUAUCCCGUAAAGAUGGUGUUUUUAAGAUGUCGACAAUGCAACAUCACCAUCACCAGCCAAAUAUCGUCCAUUAGGGAAUACGGAUCUUGUUUUUCGUGUGAAGGCUAAAACUUCGUUUUUCUCAAUUAUACAGGAACUCACAUUGUUUGCAGUCAAAACAGAUUUCAUAAAAGAUUUAUUGCUCCUUAUUCUUGGUACCACGUUGAGGACAACAUUCAAACGAUUCAAUUACGCUGUUGUAUUUGCUAUGCACAUGUUCGUUCUAUUUAUGACAUGGAUAUUUCAUGCGGUGGAUGCCAGAUGAUGAUGGACCUUGGUUUAGAAUUAUAAAUGUUUUGACUUUUUCAGUGCCAAUGAAUAUCUUGGUUAAAAGAAUGGAACUCUGGGGAAACACAAGACAGGGACGCAAUUAUGUGUGAAACUCACCCCGCCCCAUUUACGUUACUGAUUCUUUUGCAGACACGUUUCACAUCAUAGAGUGUUUCGUAGGACAUAAUGACAACAGAACAGCGUACACAUACUUUUAAUUUUUAAUUUUUUUGCUGUCACAAUCCAUUGGGUUUCGACACAUCAUGUAAAAGAAUGCGUCUUAAAAAAGUACCGUUUCCUUUUUCAGUCUCCAACCUUGUCAUAAACAACAGUGAAAUCAAUUACCACACAAGGGAUGGCAAAUUACGAAUGCAAUGUAAAGACUGUGGUAUUCACGUCAGACCUAUAACCAUGACCUGUCAACCCUGUGGAGGAUGUGAACUUUAUUGUUUUGAAGACUUUCUUGAUUUUAUGUUAGACGAUUAAAAACACUUAUUUUUUUUAGAAUCGAUUCACGUUUUAUCUCACUACUUUAUGUUUCCCAAUUGGCCUUAUGAAGGACAAAUUUCCGUCGUGAUACCUGGCAACUGGUGUUUACCCCUCAAGGACAGAAAUCUUUCUGCUGUCCUU